UUGUGGUCUCCCACUGAACAGACUCUAUUUGCUAUAUUCUUACCAUGUCUGGACGCGGCAAGCAGGGCGGCAAGGCUCGCGCCAAGGCCAAGACCCGCUCCUCCCGGGCCGGCCUGCAGUUCCCCGUGGGCCGCGUGCACCGGCUGCUCCGCAAGGGCAACUACUCGGAGCGCGUGGGCGCCGGCGCCCCGGUGUACCUGGCGGCCGUGCUGGAGUACCUGACGGCCGAGAUCCUGGAGCUGGCGGGCAACGCGGCCCGCGACAACAAGAAGACGCGCAUCAUCCCGCGCCACCUGCAGCUGGCCAUCCGCAACGACGAGGAGCUCAACAAGCUGCUGGGCCGCGUCACCAUCGCGCAGGGCGGCGUCCUGCCCAACAUCCAGGCCGUGCUGCUGCCCAAGAAGACCGAGAGCCACCACAAGGCCAAGGGGAAGUAAGCCAGUGAGCAAGUCAUCCUUUUAAAUCACAAAGGCUCUUUUCAGAGCCACCUACAAAAACACUUAGAGGAGUUGUGCUACUUAGGAUGGUGGUUGGACCACAGACACUGAGAGGGAACCUAGCCCUAGUUUCAUAAGUUCCUACCAAGAAUUGUUCCAUGUUACCUAUCUGUACAAACUUCCAAAGUCUCACCUGUAUGUACUAGUAGCUAUUAAGUUUCAAUGUUUCAAGCCACGAAGUUUGCUUGUAUUGAAAGUUAAUGGUGUAUGUUCCCGUAUGGCAUUCUAGGACAAAUAAGUUACCACUUCCAAUUGCUCCUAAAUUCCCUCAGCAUUUACAGGAUGACUUAAAAGUAAAACAUCGGUCAUUUCUUUAAACUAGUCUUCUGCUCAGUUUUAUACCCAAUUAUACAAUGUACAAUGCCGUGUACAUUGCAGAAGAAUAUUUUUGUAAUGUAAAGUACAUGUAAAGGUCACUAGAGUGGCACAAACCUUAAGGAGGCUGAGGUUAAAGAAGUUUGAAGAAAAGGUCUCUGCUGCCAACAGACUAAAAAAAUACAUAAGAUACACAAUUCAGUAUAUUUCUACUUAUUCUGAGUCAGUAGAAGGAAUUAACAAAGCAACUCUAGAAAGGAAAAGUAUAAAGAUGAUAUAGUAAAUAUAUUACUGGAGUUAAAUCUGAAAACAUGCAGUAUGUAUGGAUAGUAACCUUGAAAAAAUCAUUUAGGGAGCUGAAGGAGUGGCUAAGUGGUUACGGACGUUUGUGGAUCCUGCAAGAGGUCUAUAGUUAAUCCCUGGCUAACAUCGGGUUCCGGUUUUGGGUGGGUGCCACACAGCCUGUUCUGGAGGCAUGGGCACUGGCACAGAGACACCAAAUUUACACAUGAAUUUGUAAAAUGAAAUAAAUGGCAGAGAGAAGCUAGAAUUGAAGGUCUUCGUCUCCUUGUCACUUACCAGUUGAGUAUCCAAUGCCUGUUACGUCCUGCACCAAACUACAGUUACAUGGACUGAGCAAAACACACAUUAUUCUUGUAGUGUGGAACUUGAUGGAAGACAAGAUCAGACCAACAAUCAAAAACCUUACAUAGCCUGUUGGAUCUCCCAGCCUGCUUGCUUUCUAUAGUCAAAUCUUCAUGUUCCACAGGAUUCAAAUGAAGUUUGAAACGCAGAGGAAUAAGGAACCCUUCCUUUGUCAUUUUUUAUUGCUAAUUUUCAUUUUCUCAUGAGACUUUCUCAGAGAAAGCAGACAUGGGAGUCCCUCCCGAACCCCGAGAGAAAAGUGCCUCCAGCAUUUUGGUUCAAGCCAAACUCAUGAUUUUACCUGGAUUCCUAAAACAUCCGUUAGCUUUCUUCUGGGAUUCACACUCACCAAAGCCAGUCUUCAGUGUCAUCUUUGUUUAUUCUACCGAGUGGACUCUUUUGGGUUUAUCCUCGCCCACCUCAUAGUUGAAACACACACACACACACACACACACACACACA